AUCCCCCCCCUUCCCCUUCCCCGAGCCUCCGCCCCCGCCGUCCUCCCCCUCCCCGGCGCGGGUGGGAGCCGCUGACUCAUCUGCCACCAUCAUCAUCCCCCCCCUACCCGAGGAAGGCGAGCCGAGGGGCUGCAUUGCAGACCCAGCCGCGCCCGCAGACAAAAGCGACGCUGCCCGAGAGCCGCGGCUGCCCCGGCACAAAGAGCCCCCGAGCGCGUCCCUCCGAGCCGGCCCCGGGCGCAGAUCCCCAGGAUGCUGGACACCAUGAGCAGCCAGUACGACUCCUUCAUCUACUGGAGGAUGCCGAUCCCGCGGCUGGACGUGGCCGAGCUGGAGGGGUUGGGGCUCGCAGACAUGGCCCUCUACAAGCCCAAGGCAGGGCUGGGCCAGCUCGUGGGCCAGCGGCUCAGCCAGGACCUGGCCCCGGAGGAGGAGGAGGAGGAGGAGGAGGACACCCUGCUGCAGUUCAACACCUUCAACUUCUGGCGGGCUCCCAUCGCCAGCAUCAGCCCCUUGGAUUUCGAUCUCAUCUGAAGCCCUUCCCGCCCCUCCUCGCCCCUCCCUGCUCUCCCCCUCUCCGCCGGGGUUUGGUUUUCUUGUCACUUCGGGGGUCGUCGGGUUGGUUUUUUGUUCGUUUCCGGGCGGUUUUGCCGUCGCUAAUUGACUCAGCAGUUCCCCCCUGGGCUUGACGGUGAUGGGCUCCCUGAGAAACCUUCAGCCCCUCCCCGCUCCUCGCCCUUUCCCUCCCUCCUUGGCAAGGAGGGGGGAAUGACACCGGGGGCAAAUACGAGGGCAGAGGGCAGAAAGAGCCCCCCUCGCUGCCCCUCUCCGUGUUUGGGAGGUGCUGGGGGGGUGUCGGUGUGACCGUGGGUGUCCCUGCCCCGUGUGACACGUUUUUCACCUCAUUUCUCGCCUGCUUUUUUAAGAAACUCAUCUGUGCCAUCGGAGCGGUGGGAAUUGACCCUCCUCUGCCUUCCCCCGACCCAGUUUCUCCCAAAUCCGCCUCAUUCCUUCCCCUUCCCCUCAGGAAUUCAAGGUGGAAGAGGCAGGGAUGUGCCCAGGGCGUCAGCACGAACCUUUUUCUUGAGAAAAAUAAUCACUUUGAGUCUUGGGGCUUGAGUCCAAGCAGAAAAAAAUGAUGUCCAGGAGGGUAAAUACACAUGGAAAUGCUCUGACCUUGCUGGGUGGGGUCAAGGCUGGGUGUUCACUGCCCCAAAUUUGAUUUUUUUUCAUCUUUUUAUGCCUCAUGUGCUUUAUUCCCGGUGUGACUCCUGGCUGGGACACACACCAGGCACAUCAUGGGGUCUGUGACAGGGGCUGAGCUGAAAGAGAAGAUGGAGAAUUUAGUUUGAUCUUACCCCCAAAUGGAAGUAUUUCAGGUUUCCUACCCAAUUAAUCAACCACUUUAAAAAUAACCAAAAAAAAAAAAAAAUGCUGCAUUUGCUCAAGUGGAAGCCUUGAGUUUUCUUCGGGGAGAUCUUCACCUGCUGAGGUUUAUUUCUGAGCAUCACCUCAAAAUGGGGGGAGAAAAACCCAAUUUAAGCAGUUAUUUCCCCCCCUCCACCCCCAAGAUUGUUUUUCUGGGAUUGGUUUGUCUUCUCGAAUGUGCUUUUUUGGGGUUUGGUUGGGGUGAAGUGAUGUGGAGCAUCCCAAAAUUGUCCUGAGAGCUGGGGGGGGAACGUGGCUGGGGGCAGGCCGAGGCAGCACUUCAAAAGUGCCACAAAUAGGCAAAAGUUGGAAAAAAAAAAAUCUGCAUUCUGCUGUGAAAAUGGAAUGCAGCUCUCCUGUAAUCUCCAGAAAUAACCAAGUGUGCUGAUUUUGAACCAUCCGUGUAAAACCAGAGGUGAAAAAUGUAAAUUCUCCUCUGCAGAGCUGUUCGACUUUUGUGUUCCCAGCUGGGAAAACCUGCAGGAGAAGUAUUUAUUAUGAAACCUUAAAUAAAAUCAGUUAAAAACAUA